UCUCACCCCACACUGCUCCGAGUUAAGCGCUCGCUUAACUCUACUGAGCUAGUGUCAGCGGGGCAGGCGCCAGGGUGCCUAGCUCGGUCGCUUGAGUCCGACGAGAUGGCGAGCGCCGGCGCGGCGAUCGGGGCGCGCGCGGCCCGCGCCUGCGACGGCUGCAUGCGGCGGCGGGCGCGGUGGCACUGCGCCGCGGACGACGCGUACCUGUGCCAGGCGUGCGACGCCUCCGUCCACUCGGCCAACCCGCUCGCGCGGCGCCACCACCGGGUGCGCCUCCCCUCCUCGUCCUCGCCGGCCGCCACCUCCUCCCUUCAGCACGCCGACCCGGACGAGCCCGCGUGGCUGCACGGCCUCAAGCGCCGGCCGCGCACGCCGCGGUCCAAGCCCGGGAUGGUGGGCAAGCACGGCGCGCCCGCCGCCGCGAAGGCCGCGGCUGCCUCGGCGGUCCCCGAUCUCGAGGCGGAGGACUCCGGCUCUGGCAUCGUCGGUGAAAACGACGACGGCCACGGCGUGGAGGUCGAAGACGAGGAUCUCCUGUACCGCGUCCCGGUGUUCGACCCCAUGCUCGCUGAGCUCUACAACCCCAUGCCGGUCGACGAGUUCCGGGAGCCCCUCGAGCAGAAGCCUUCCGUCUGCUGCUUCUCGUCGCUUGCCGGUCAGCCGUCGUCGGAGUAUGCAUCCGGCGUGGCGGACGCGGCCGACGGGUUCACCGGGUUCGACGUCGUGCCGGACAUGGAGCUCGCCAGCUUCGCCGCGGACAUGGAGAGCCUGCUCAUGGGAGGAGUCGAGGACGGGUUCGACGACCUGCGGUUCUUGGACGAAGAGAAGCCCCAGCUGAACCUUGACUUCGACAUGGCGGACUUCGAUGAUCAGAGCACCGCGGCGCCGGCGCCGGAGCAAGAGUUAGAGGACAGGAAAAGGAAGCGGUCGGACUCGGGGAUGAUACUUAAGCUCGACUACGAGAGGGUUAUCGACUCCUGGGUCCAUGACGGCGGCUCGCCGUGGUUCUACGGCGAGCGCCCCCACAUCGACCCUAGUGACGAUUCCUGGCUGGACUUACCGGCGGGGAGCCGGGGGUUCGGGCUCGGCGCAGCGGUGACGGCGGUGACCGGCGGCGAGCGGGAGGCGCGGGUGUCGCGGUACCGGGAGAAGCGGCGGACGCGGCUGUUCGCCAAGAAGAUCCGGUACGAGGUGCGCAAGCUCAACGCCGAGAAGCGGCCGCGGAUGAAGGGGCGGUUCGUCAAGCGCACCGCGCUGCCACCGCUGCCGCCGCGGCCGCCGAUGGUGCUCGCGGCCCACGGCCACGGCGGCGCGCACGGGCGCUUCCGUUUUUGAAAGCAAGCGCUCGAUCGUUCGUCCGUGGAUGAAGCCGCAUGCAUGCAUGCCUGUGCAUGCGUCGUCCUCGCCGCCGCUCGAACGAUAAUCCGCUAAUAAAAUACUUCACCUACGUAGCUCGUUCUUUCUUUCUAGUUUUGAGCAGAAACCUCUGUCAAAUAGGACGCCCUCACCACGUACGUACGACUGAAUAUACACUUGUAGAAAGUUGUAGCUAUGUACUGCAAGCAUCUGUAUAUACGUUCCAUGAUUUAGGGUUAUUGUUGUUGUUACUUUCGUCGUUUUUGUAAGGAAGUUGUGCUGAUUACAAAGGUUGUACUGUAGAUGUUUAUCUCAAAACGUAGGAGAUACAUUCAUGGUACAAAAGAGUUAGGGUGGGUAAGGACUUGUAACUGAGAAUGGUAGAGGGAGAUCAAAGCCUAGUUUGUGUAUGUCAAUGCAUGCCUUCCAGCCUUCCAUUCCUGAUGUAUUGGGUAGCCUCGAACCAGGGCACAAUCUCUGAAUCACAACCACAAUGUGCUUAUUUGUAAGUCUAGAAAUCUGGUAUUUUAUACUGGUGUAAAGGUUGCAUGUCUUUUUUCCUUUCUCGAUCAAAGCCUUGUACCAUUUUUUGGAUCUAAACAUCUUGACACUUUGUAUGUAGAUAUAUAUGAAAUUUUUCGCUA